UUUUUAAUUACGCCUGUAAAGAGAAAAGCAGACCAAACGGAAAAAAAGUGAGGCACCUCUACCACACGUACAUGCUCGCCCCAGUCAUAAUUGAGUGACGGCAGGUCGCUAUGGAAACUGCGUUACGCUCCGGGCGGCCGAGGGAGAGAAAACAAGAGCGCGAGGACUCGUUUCACUCCUCAUUUCAGCACCACGCGCCUCCCGGACAGCGCCCGAAUGAACUCGCGCGCAGAAUCGAGCGUCGCGUGCCUUUUAAGGGACAAAGCCGAGUCAGCACCAAGUCCAGCCGAAGUGGAAUGAGACAUUAGAAAACACACACACACAGACAUACCGAACUUCUCCGAACCUGUAGCUCGUUGGACUCUCAAGGUUUUAUUCCACGCGCCAACCAGGAGCUAAUCGCUCCCUCAGACAACACAGCAACAGGGCAAGCAGCAUGUCUGAAAAGAAAUCCAGCCAGCGGUUUCACAGCCUAAACACUGAGCAGGUGGAGGUUCUGCAUCAGGUGCUUUCAGAAGUGGUCCCCAUCCACGGCCGCGGGAACUUUCCCACGCUGGAGCUGCGUCCUCGUGAUAUUAUCAUAGCAGUGCGGGCUAGGCUGCAGAAGCAGGGAAUCACGGUCAGAGACGUCCGUCUGAAUGGCUCUACGGCAAGCCAUGUCCUAGUUCGAGACAAUGGGAUGAGCUACAAAGACCUGGACAUCAUCUUUGGUGUGGAACUGCCAAGCCAAGAGGAGUUCCAGGUGAUCAAAGAGUCCGUGCUGGGCUGUUUGUUGGACUGCCUGCCUCCCGGGGUCAACAGGGAGCGGAUCAGCAGUGCCACAAUGAAGGAGGCCUAUGUUCAGAAAAUGGUCAAAGUUUUCAACGAGCACGACCGCUGGAGUCUUAUCUCACUGUCAAAUAACAGUGGCAAAAACCUUGAGCUCAAAUUUGUGAGUGCUCUGAGGCGCCAGUUCGAGUUCAGUGUGGACUCCUUCCAGAUCAUUCUAGACCGCCUCCUGGAGUCCUACAUGCAGCAGGACUCAAUGCACAAAUUAAAUGCUGUUAAUUUGAAGGACCAGUCUACAGAAAGUGAGGAUAAUUACUUUUCACCCAAACCCAAUCAGAUCUCUGCUUUAGAUGCAGAGAAGGCCACUGUUCCCGUAUCCCAUGAACCAGGAGAUCAGUUAAGUAGGACACCGCAGAGGGACGAAGUGCAUGAAAAAGAGUCUCAGACAGAAUUCUCACAACAAGCUGACCUUUCAGAAGAAACAAAAAGCUCCAAAGAGGACAAAACAAAAGCAUCUGCAGGGUUGGAUGUGUCUGAGCACAAAGAAAACUUGAAUGAUAAACAGACAUCUCUGAAUAUUGAAGCACAAAAGAAACAAGCUUCUGAUGAAUCCGAGCCACUGGCUCAAACAGAUGCUACAUGUGACUCUGAGGUUUUAGAUCAGUCUCAGCCAUCAAUGACAGGAGAGGAGUUAGAGGAAAUGAAGCUCUGUGACGGCCAACAACCAGCAGGUUCAAAUCUCAAGGAACUCUGUGUCCAGAAAGAACUGGCUAACUAUACAAAACCGCCUGACGAAAAGAGAGAAAUCACAGGGCAGAUGGGACACUCUGAUACGCCUAAUGCUUCUAAAAUAACUCUGACUGAGUGUCUAAACCUUGCAGAAGAGCCUGACAGCACAGAGCAAUCUGAUAAAACAGACUUAUCUAAGCAUUUCAUAGAGGAUCAGAGAAGCAAUGAGGCAGAUAACACUCAACACGUGUCUGCCACAGGCACAUGCACAUCUUCGUGUGCAAAGAUAAAGACAUGGUUAGCAGAAACAGAGAACAGAGAGCAGAUUGAAGCAGAAAGAGCAGGUGAUAUAAAAACGUGUGAAAUCACACAGGGGUUUUCAGCAUCAGAGGAGAAACAUUUAGAAGACACACAGGGUAUUGAUUGUUCUUGCUCCACCUCUUCCACUCUUCCGCUCAGCUGCACACAGCCCACUGACACAGAGGAUACACUAGAGAUUCACAGCACACAAUCCACAGGUAACUCAGAGAAAACAACUAGCCCUCCUGAGCCCAUCAGCCCUUCAGAUACUCAGGAUAAUUUACCCACACCACCUGGCCUUGUUUCUGACAAAAAGACCUCCUCCCCUCCAACUGUUAAGGUCUCUGACAGACUGUCUCACAUGGUGGUGCUCAAACACUCAUCUCCAAAACCCCCACGGCGGAUGUGUAGAAAGGUUACGUCUAAUGCUUACCCCAGCCGAGUGUCUGAAAGUGAGCCUGUUCUUGCAACCUGUAUAGAUUUAAACAGUUAUGAAUCCAACAAAGGGUUUGAUUCGAAGCCAGUGAUUCCCAUUUCAAACCCUGCAACCAUCCCAAUAACAAGCAUUUCUCUCAAAGCAAACUCUGGACCUGAACUUGAUCUUUCAAGUUACACAUCUUCAAACCCUGACAUUAUCUCAGCUUCUGCUUCGGACCCUGAGAUAAUUUUAUCAUCGUCUACAGAUCCCACAUCUUUAUUACCUCAAGAAGUAUGUUCCACUAAGAUUGACACAAAUGAUUUAUGUGAAACAAGCCUGACAGAGACAUUAAACACACCUGCAGUGUUCAAUGAGCAAAGUCAGUCCUGCAUGAAAGAAAUGGUCUUUGAAUCUAAACAAUCCAAACCUUUUGACUCAGUGGACACACCCAGCUCCAACACCCAUGACCCUGAGCAAACAGCUGAAGAUGCUCCAGCUGGUACAGGGGAACAGCCCAGAGAGAUAAACUUGAAUCAGCCAAACGUCACCUCACAGGAAACAACUCUAAGUUUACCUCUGUCAUCCCAUGGUGUCGUCCCCCCAGUACUCAGUCUGUCUCCUCCUCACUUUACACCCUCACCCCCCAGCCCGAGUCCCCCUCCAUGUUUGACUCCCCCAUCUCCAAUGUUAAGCACCAUGAGUCCUAUGAGCUUUAGCUCUCCACCCCAAAGUUUCAGCCCAACCUCUUCUUGCCUCAGCUCACCUCCUUACCUUACUCCACCUAUGCUCAGCCUUAGCCCUCCACCACUCUGUCCAACCCCACCGUCCCCCUGCCUUAGCCCUCCCCUCCUCUGCUUCACCCCGCCAGAGGAGUCUGGGGACCUUUUACCUCAGGGAUCUUCGGAUACAGAGUCUUUGAUUUUAAAUGCAGAUGAGAAUGAACAUGAUAAAGUGUCUACUCCUCAGUCAGCAGAUUCUGCUGUACAGUUGGAGGAGAAAAAGGAACACAGUUAUAUCUCCUCUUUGCCUCAGGUUGUUGAGCCUGUCUCUUUUCCAAUCACAAUUCCAAGUUCCACCUCACCAGUUCUGCCUCACCCUCAGCCUGGGGAUUUACCGGUAUCAAGCCCUCCAAAAGCCACUGAGGAAUCCAUCACUGUGCCUGAUGAUAAAGACGAUCCUAAAGCAGCCCCUGACAUGUCUGAACAGUGCAGUCCCCUUCAAGCAUCUGACUUAGUGCCUGUAGUUGAGGUCUUGGCAGAAAGCAUGUAUGGGGACUUUGAGGCAGCAAUGGACCACCUACGCUAUCGACUGAUUGCCACCAGAAACCCUGAAGAGAUAAGAGGUGGUGGCUUGUUGAAAUACAGCAACCUGCUGGUUAGAGACUACCGACCAGCCAGUGAGACUCAGAUAAAGACACUGGAGCGCUACAUGUGCUCACGCUUUUUUAUUGAUUUCCCUGAUGUGCAAGAGCAGCAGAGGAAGAUUCUGUCCUACUUGAAGAACCACUUCAUCGGUGAAGAGAGGAGUAAGUACCAGUACCUGAUGACCCUUCGUCGGGUCAUAGAUGACAGCACGGUGUGCCUGAUGGGACACGAACGGCGUCAGACUCUUAACAUGAUUACGGUUCUUGCUCUGAAGGUUCUGGGCGAACAGAACAUAAUACCCAACACAGACCAUGUGACUUGUUUCUACCAGCCAGCCCCAUACCUUGCUGAGCACACGGCCCCCUAUCUAGCAGAACCUAGCUACUGCAGCUAUUACAUACCACAAGGGGGAUCAACUCUGCUAUACCAACCUUACCCUUUACACCUCCACCCACAGACUGGACUAGUCUGAAAAAUGUGCAUAAAACUCACAAAAGAUUGAGGAGAUUGUGUUUACCACGAGGGAAGAGCUGGAGAAUGGAAAAAUAAUCCAGGGAUAAACUGUUUGGUCUAUAAUAGACCUGUGUGGGUGGAAUUGAGUGGGUUUUACAGUAAACUUCUUGAGAACUCUAUAAGGUUCUAACAUGAUUAUAUGUAAUUAUAUCUGGGCUUAGUGGGAAAAAUAAUAAUUCUUCCGAUAUUGUUCAAAUUCCAGAAAAUGCUGUAUGCACUGCAUGAGUCAUAGGUCUUUGGUCUCCCUGGGAAACCAACUGUGCUGUUGACAUUCACACACAUCUAAACACACAUUCAAACAUCCACACACACUGACAUACACACACAUACACACUUCCAGGUUCUUAAAUUGUUGUACACUCUUCAUGUUCUUACUGUGUUGUUCUUAAUGCGUUUGUUCAGAAUGUGGACCUUGCCUGUGGUUGAUAUUGUGCAUGGAUACAUUAGGACUGUUUUCUCACUGCCAAAUACUGUGUGACUACUAUGCUUCUCGGACAGUUUUAUGUAACUUUGUCAGUCCUUUACAGAAGGGAUGUCUUAUGAAAAAAUAUACAGAGGGACGAGUCUGCCUGUGAGUCCAGUAUUUUCAUCAGAACAUACAUAGGAUGGAACACUGUACGCACUCAAUGUUAGACGAUGCAUGAGUAGCUUAAUAGAUCACAUUUAUAGUCAGUUAAAAAGACUUAAUUUAUUAGAAAUGGAUCUAUUUUUGCAAGACUUUCCAAGAUUAAAAAUAGUGGUUAGUUCCAAAAGAGAAAAUACCCACAACAAUGCCUUUGGUGUAGACUGUACAGCAUAUCAGUUACAGUAUUUCUUGUGCAAAUACAACGUAUUGUUUUCAGGUAAACUGUUUUGCAAUCUAGUGUUUGUUUCCUUUUCCCUUGUGGAGUUUUUUCUGUAAUCAUGUGAGUUAUCGUACCAUCUUGUGUUGAUUUAUAUAUUGUUAAAGUUUACUCAGAGGAGGUUGCUAGGUUAUAACCAUCUUUGGGUCAUCUUCAAACAAGGCAGAUAAAGAAGAUCUGUCUGAAUUAAAGAAAUUAUACUCAAACCUGCAUGAGUGCUGUCUGAUUGCACCAAAUUGAGUUCAGACAGCCCAUUUAAACCUUCGAAACAGCAACUAUGACCAAAGAUGGUUUGGUUUGGAAAUCAAGUGCCUAAAUAUGAGACAUCGUUGGCAUGUCUUUAUCUUACUGCACUGUGGGUGUCUAUGGGGUGGGUCCAGGACUGGGCUGGGUCUAUGUUCAGUUGUUUCACCCCUGUUACUGCUGCCCAUUUUGAUGUCUUCUUUAAUGUAGUCCUUUGUUGUAUUUUCUUCGUGUACAUUUUUAUAAAAUAAAGAAAAAAAAUCAGUAAACCUUAAA